AUGGAUAAUCUGUCACCAAAAGAAAUUCAGCUGAGGACUCACCAAAUUACUGAUGAGUCUCUGGAAAAUAUGAGGAGACUCCUGGGUUUAGGCAUUGAGUCUCAGGAUGCAGGAAUCAAGACCACCGCUAUGCUGGAUGAGCAGGGGGAACAAUUAAACCACAUAGAAGAAGGCAUGGGCCAAAUAAAUAAAGACAUGAGAGAGGCAGAGACUUUGAUAGAACUCAACAAGUGCUGUGGACUUUGUGUCUGCCCUUGUAAAUUCAUAACUAACAACGCUGAAAAAGAUGAGCUGGAAGAAAACCUGACUCAAGUGGGCAGUAACCUGGGAAAUCUAAAGAACAUGGCCCCGGAUAUGGACAAUGAAAUCAAUGCACAAAAUCAACAAAUACAACAGAUCACAGAAAAGGCUGACAACAACAAAGACCAUAUAAACAUUGCCAAUACAAGAGCAAAGAAACUCACUGAUAGCUUCAAAAAAUUGAUUAAUAGUUUGCCAAGCAUGUUAACCCUCGGAGCACGCAGAGCGGCGGCGAUCGAUCCGCACACACCUUCCAAACUCACACUGAGCAGUCACAGCGACCACGGCAACUCCUCCCUCUGCCUCUUUUCCACCCCCAGCCAGCGCGGCCAGCAGCCUUUGCCCCGCCCUCCCCGCCACUACCCCCACUUCCGGGUGAUGCCCAGGCCGGAAGCCCGGCUGACUGGGGAAAGAGAACUACUGGUCACGUGA